CAGCGGCUUCCGGUGUAUGUGAAUUUCAAUUCAAACAACGUGUUUCGGCGAAUGCAAUGUUGAUAUUCUAGCGAAAAUAUUUCGCUACCAUUGUUUUGGUCUUCAAGUACAUUUACAACGGAUAUUUUAGCUACUUAUCGAUCCCAACUAUUGAUAUGAUUGAUACGGGAAAGAUGGGGCUGCAAGUUUAACCAGGAGAGGGCGAAAACUUGCAGGUUUUUUAAACUUCGCAUAUUUGUCGCUGAGUAAGUUGAACAAUUAUUUUUUGAAAACAUUAACCAAAUAGUAAGAUGACAUCGAGAAGAACAUUUUUGAGACCUUUAACUACAGACCAGCUGGGUCAAAAGACGUCAAAACAGGUUCACUUUGACAAAGCAGCAACAGCAGGAAGCAAGCGGACAGCUGAGGGAUCACUGGCGGAGCAGAGCGUGGGGCCAAAGAAAAGAACUGCCUUUGGGGAUCUUACAAAUGCCAAAGAAAAGAAACACAAUGGGCUUUCAAAAAAGCCUGUUCUAAACAAGACAACCAAAGGUCUUAUGGUCAAAAACAACAAAAAAGCCACCGUACUGCUAGGAAAGCAGAGAACAAAAAUCACUGACGAUUCUGGCGAGACGAUAGACCUAACCCAGGAUUCUCAGUCCAGUUCACAAGAAAGUAGUGGCAGUAGUAGCAGUGACUCUGAAAUUGAGUUUCUGAACAAGAAAAAUGUUCAACUCUCACAAGAAAUAAGACCAUCAACAGAGGAGAAGGUGCCAGAUGGCGUCGAUGAUGUUGAUGCUGAAAAUCGGCUGAACACAUACGAAGUGCCGCUUUAUGUGAGGGACAUAUUUGAGUAUUAUAAACAAAGAGAGGAAAAGUUCAUGGUAUCUGGUUACCUUGACAAACAAUCUCAUCUCACUACAAACAUGCGUGCCAUACUGGUGGACUGGCUCGUUGAGGUGCAAGAAAACUUCGAGCUGAACCACGAGACACUGUACCUGGCCGUCAAGCUGGUCGAUCUCUAUCUGACCAAGGUCGAGGUCACACGAGAGAAUCUCCAACUGGUCGGGUCAACGGCAAUGUUUAUCGCAGCGAAAUUUGAUGAGCGCGUCCCGCCAGCGCUGGAUGACUUCCUGUACAUCUGCGACGACGCGUACAACAGGGAGGAACUCGUGGGCAUGGAGAUGUCCAUUCUGAAGACAGUUGACUUUGACCUUGGUGUGCCUCUCUCAUACAGCUUUCUCCGCAGGUUUGCUAAGUGUGCGAGAGCGCCCAUGAAUAUCCUCACUCUGGCCAGGUACAUUCUGGAGACUUCACUCAUGGACUACCAGUUCAUCCAAUACAAAGAUUCAGAAAUGGCCGCCGCCUGUCUUUUGCUGGCGCUGAAAAUGAAGAAAACUGGAGAAUGGUCCAAGACUAUGAUAUACUACACGGGCUAUAAUAUUGAGCACCUUAUGCCCAUCGCGGUGGCCCUGAACACGAUGCUUACGUCCCCAAGUCACAAGAACCUCAACACAAUUAAGUCUAAAUACUCACAUAGUGUCUUUUUCGAGGUUGCUCUGACACCACCAGUGGACAUGGUGGAACUGACCGUGGACAUAUCAUAACUGACCAUCAUCCAGUGUGUGCAAUGAGGAUGUCUGAGCCAGGGGUGACCAAUAGGUGGACGUGGCCUGCAUAGCGGGAACCACAUGUUAACCAAAAUUAUCUUAACGUGAAGCAUUUAUGGCAAUUUUAUAUUGAAUUUAUUUUUUCUACCUUUAAAAUGGGGUUUAUAUCAAUUUUUUUACCUCCCAGGUAUUUUUGUCAAUUAUAGUAUGAAAAGGGAAGCUUGUGCUGUUUUACAUGAAAGAAAACUCGAGUCAGACAAGAGAGUGUUUAAUUCGAUUCCAAAUUGUGGUCCUUUUGUCAGGAAUUUGCUUAUUGACUAAGUAAACACAAUGCUGGGUGUCAGAUCAAAUCUGUAUAACCCUGAAUUUCAUAGGCGCACAGAAAUUGUCGUGGAAAGAGGCCCCUCUUGUCUGGUACGCUGUGACCUUGAGCAGCCUCUCUCUGAGACACAACCAGCACAUUGCUGAUGCUGAAGGCAACCUGCACUGUCGCAAUUUAAAUCAAGAUUGUGAGAACUUGUAUCUCGACCUAUAUAGGAAAUGAUUUAACAUUAUGAUAUAGCAGUAACUUACUCAUUUGUCUGCAAUAAUUGCAGACUUGGCAGCAGAUUUAACCCUUAAAUCACUGGUUAAAUUGAUUAACGCCCAAGUUGUGGAGGGUAGUUUUGUAGUGUACAGUUAGUAUGUAGGUUUUACGCAGGUGGUAUGUUUGUGUUGAUCGUGAACAAAUAAAGGUGAAAUGUUGGAGAGAAUGUGACUUGCGCUUGUGCCAUCAUUUCUUUACAGAUAUAACCCAGGGCCAAUUUUACAGAAGAAAUUGUGAAACCUGAAGUUGGUUUUAA